AUGUGUCCUCUAAGGAGUAAUCUGCAUGACUUCAAUAUAGAGAAUGAACAAUAUUGUAGUGAAUUGCUAUGUCCAAGAUGGAUUGAGGAUUUUUUUCUGCAUUUCAGCCCAGUGAUCUCUGGCUUGGUCCCUGCUUCCAUCCCUUUAGAGUCUUUCCAGCUGCAGUUAGUGAAAGGGGACAAAGAGAAGAAAGAAUACCUCAUCAACUACUCUUUCACCUCAUAUGACCUUGUCUGUCUGGCAGUGUGUGCAGUCUUGGGGGUCUGGUACUUGUUGAAAAAGCACUGGAUUGCAAACAACCUUCUGGGCCUUGCAUUUGCUGUCAAUGGUGUGGAACUCCUACAUCUCAACAAUGUCCAGACUGGGGCACUUCUCCUUGGGGGGCUGUUCAUCUACGAUGUCUUCUGGGUCUUUGGCACAAAUGUUAUGGUCACAGUUGCGAAGUCAUUUGAAGCACCCAUUAAAUUGGUGUUUCCACAAGACCUGUUGGAGAAAGGACUUGAAGCAGAUAACUUCGCAAUGUUAGGAUUAGGAGAUAUUGUCAUCCCAGGGAUUUUCAUUGCGCUUUUACUGCGGUUUGACCAUAGCUUAAACCGUGGGUCCAAUACCUACUUUAAGGCAACAUUUGUUGCCUACUUUGCUGGUCUGAUGAUGACGAUCUUCGUUAUGCAUGUGUUCAAGCAUGCACAACCUGCUCUGUUGUACCUGGUACCAGCCUGUCUUGCAGCACCCAUUGUCCUUGCAGCCAUAAAGGGAGAUAUCAAGGCUCUCUUUAAGUAUGAGGAUCAUCCAAAUGACGGCGAGCCUGAAGCUGAGAAAGACAGUGACAAGAAAAAGUCUGGCAAGAAAGACGUAAAGAAAGAUAAAUGAUGCAGAGGUCAAAAGGAAGAAAGAGGAAUGAUGCUAGCUGUGAUUCCUUCCAGCAAGUAACUCCAGCGCACCUGCAUUGACAUCACCAAGCAUAGUAUUAUGUCCAGCACAAGAGAGCAUUUUAAUCUAAUUUGCCACCAGGACUUUUUUCUCUUACUCUUUGCUUUUUUUUAGUCUGGGUUCCUUUUUUUAUAUAUUGAAGUGAGAAGUUAGUGAUUUCCACAUUAAUUAAUUGUAAACAGAGUGGGUGAGAGAAGAAUUUGUCGGUAGGAUUUUUUUAUUUUAUUUUUGGUAUAAAAGCAGCGUUUCUGCAGGUUCAGCAUUUGUUUUUAGGGUCAGAUUUCUGUUAUGGCUUGGAAGAUGUGGGGAUCAAUGGAAGCAACAAACUCUUCUAUAGAAUUUGUUAUUGAAAUAUCAGAGAUGUACAGAUAAAGUACAAGAGAUAUC